AUGAAGCACUCAACACUCACUUCCAAUCUAAUCGCAUUCGGUAAGUGAUGUCCGAUUGUUUUUAUGCGCGGCGCCUAUCGUAUCGUAUAAUUAGUUAUUUCCAAAAACUGCCGCCAUAAAUAGAGCCUCCGGGGGAUGUGUGAUCAUCUGAUUUCCUGCUCUGAUUCCAUCUAUUCAAACGACUCGGACGGCUGACCGGAUCCUUUCGGAGUCUCGCCCUCAUUCUGAUGGGCUCUCUUCUCAAAACAGAAAUAGAAAAAAGGCAUCUUGUUUGUACUUUAUGGUUACAAAGAAUCAUGUUUUCCAACUUCUAAACUGACCGCCCGGAAGUGUAAAUGGGGUAGCUGGAGCCAGAAGGAAGUCGUCAGGAGCGACCCGAGAGCGGGAGACAGCGAGAGCUCAGGCACUUUUGCUUUCUCAAUUGGGUUAGACGCUGUCGGAUUCGUCACAGGAACUCUCGUCCAUAAUUAGUCGGCGAAAUUGAGUGGAAGAGGUCACUGCAGACGCCUCCACUCCUCUCGUUUUCGUUCUCUUUUCAGUCAUCCCAGAUUAUCUAAAUUCAUUCAACUUGUUUUUGUGUGUGCGUGUGUUCCAUCCGCCUCUCGCUUCCAGAUAUAUUCGAAUUCCUAAUCUUCUCUCGUUUUCCCCUCUAUUUUGUGCGUUGAGUGGAUGGCGGGACUAAGCGGAAGGGGGAAAUCCACGGAAAUAGUUCAAAUCCAUCAUCAUCCGCCCAUUUUCGAUUCCCUCUCUCCGGCCGUCGACUUUUCAUUCCAGCACAAAAUAGAUGAGAAGGCAAGAAGAAUGAGGAGAAGCAAAAAGAGGAAGAAGAUGAGGAAUGGUGGUGGCGGGCCCUUCCAAAUGAGGCCGAUGCAAUUGAUGAGGCUAGGCGAUUGAUGUGGAGGGGAGAUGCCACGUCACAAAAACAGAAGAGGGCUCUGCAAACAUCCAAUUAUAGUGCACGUCAUCUUUUCAUCUGGAGUCUCUGAAGUUGAGCGGAUUGCUGUUCGCUGCCGCAUUCCGAGCAAGGCCAAAGGCUGCUCCGCUCCCCCUUUCCACCUGUUUCCAAUCGCUUUCCAUGGCAACAAGUACUUCGCCGCACUCUUUUUCAUCACUUUGUGCGUUUCGAAACAAAACACGAAAACGUGUGUCACCCGGGGAAACAUGAAGCUUCGUGAAGAAGUUUCGAAAAGAAAGCAUAAAAGAAGAAGGGGGAGGGGAGGCAUUUCUUCAAUUAUGGGGGGACGGGAAAGCAAUGACACCAACGAGAAGGGGACGAAUCGGAAAUACUUGAUUAUUCUGGGAGGCGAGAGCACGUGGCUUGUACUUGAUGGGAAUGUUGGACACAAUAAGAACGGUGGGAAAACAGAAGGAGCAUGGAGCAAUGAGCUCUCGGUCAGAGCAGAAGCAACAUAUUUGAGUCAACCCUCUCCAAACUUUUGCUUACCAUUAGCGAUCGAAACGGGAGACGUUUGGAGAAUAAAAACAAAAAGGCAUUGAAAGUGGAAAAGCACUCUGAAAUACUCAUAAAAAGGAGAGAUUUUGCAGCCGCCGUGCCGUUUGUGCUCAAUUUGGUCUCGCUCAUUCCGAUCUUCUACAGGCGCCAAAAACAAAAGGGGAAAUUGUUCCGGUGAGCCAAGUGCGGGGCCCCUUUUCGACCAAAAAAUACCCAAUUUCAUUUCACCUGAAAUUUGAUAUUAGUAUUUAUGUAUUAGCCGACACAAAUCAAUCUUCUAUUUCUGUUGCCUCGCUCUUAUGUUUUUGUGUACUUGUUGCUGUGCUCUGGGCUCCGCGCGACAGAACCAGCAGUUAGUGUGGACGAGGGAAGAAUGGGUUUAUGAAAUGAGUCUGAGAGAAGAGAGCACAACAAUUCAUCUUGUUUUCGAGCCUCGGAAACCCAUUUCAGCAUGUCAAUCUCUAUAUACAUCCGUCGCCCCAAUUGGUAACCCAUCAAUCUCGUGAAUUUCCCGUCCGACUGGAAAUCACCCGAAAACGGCCCAUUUCCACCGUAAUCUCUUGCAGGGACAACGCGAGUCUGCAGCCGCUCGUUUGGCUUCUCUUCGUCGACGUGCUUAUGUCCGCCCAUCUGGUCUUCCCCAUCCACAACUUUCUGAUGGAAAAGUGAGUCCGUAAGCCACUGGAGCUUAACUUUCGUCCCCUGCAGAUUCCACCUAUAACCACUCAUUUUCUCUCUCCCUACAAAAAGUUGGUCCUUCUUUCGGCCUUUCAGUGGAAUUAUUCAUAAGCCAAAGGGCGGCUUCAUUUGGGACCGCAAUGUAGCACGGGUACAACCGGAAGUAAUUGAACUUGCCGGGAAGAAGACAUGAGUAUCGGGAGGUCGCCCAACGAGAGAAACAAAAAAGAAAAGAGUUAACUCUGUCUAGACGGCGACUAUUUAUCCGACAAUUAUGGGCGAAACAUGAUCAUUAUGACGGAGAGAAGCGGUGACGCAAGUCUUUUAAUUUCAGGGGAACGUUCUCGCAAUGGAGCUGUGUUGCCUACGGAGCCGCCGACAUGACCCUCUCGCUCGUCGAAGUCCUCCUCGCCUGCGUGAUCGCAUUCGACCGGUACAUUGUGACGGUCACUCCGAAGUGGGGCAAGUGGAGGUGCCAUUCAAACUACUUCAAACUCAUCUUCUUCGGAGCACUCACCGUCGGCUUCUGGAGCUUCGUUCCGGUCGCCGGAUACGGAAAGUACAGCACCUUCCAUCACAACAUGUUCUGUUCGAUCGACUGGAGACAGGGCAACAUCGAGCCGGAUUCGGAUCUGUCCCGGCUCUCCGCGCACCGCUACAUCGCCUUCCUGACUGCAACGUGCCUCGUCUUCUUCCUCAUUCCCGUUUGCAUCGCUUCUUCCCUCUACUACAGUAUUAUCGACCACGUGGAUAGACAGAGUGCAACGGAAGUACAAGUCGAGAAUGGCGUUGUUCGCACGGAAAUAUGCUCGUGGGCUCCAAAGAAUCACGUGGCGAAGGUCGGACUCGGAUGCCUGCUCGUCUCCGUUCUUCCGUUCUUCGCCUAUUCGGUCGUCUGCCUGAACCCGAUGAAGUCGGACUUUGAUAAGAUCCAUUACAUCGUUGUUCCGGUGAUCAUCAGCCGUGUCAGCACCCUCCUCAACCCGAUCUUCUACGUUUGGCUCAAUCCGGAAAUCAUUCCAAUCAACGAGUUCAUCGCGAAACGAGCAAAGCCCCGUCCACAACGGCCACUCUACCACACUAUUAAUCUGGUGAGAUCUAGAAGACGAUAUUGGGAACUAUUCAUGCUUUCAGAUCGCCGAUGUUCCUGGAAUGUCGUUCCCGAUUCUGACCCCGACCAUUCCACGUCGUCAACUUCCGAAGAUCCCUCCCCAUUUGGCGUCUCCUUCGAAACCCAGUCUCAACGAUUUUCUGGACGAAGAUUCGGACGGAGAACCGAGGGAAUGCACCCCGAUGCUCUAA